AUCGCCUCAGGAGUCAUCGUUUUUCAGCGAGGACAGCUGUUAUUCGGAGAAAAAAAAGAACAGUUUCUCUGAAGGCUCUCAUCAUGUACCUGUUGGUGGUGGUCAUCUCUCUUCUGCUGAGCUCUGUUCCCGCUCAGAGCCGUCCUGUUGAGGAUUUAAUUGAAAAGAUCUCUGGGAAGAUGGGUAACAUCACUGAGAAAGAUGACAUGCCAGUGUCAACUAUAAUCGAGACCAACAAACAUGCAGGACAGCGAGUGGAUGGGCCCUUGAUCACGUUUGGAGACAUCGCCGUAUCAACAGGGUUCAAGAAUGCAGAUCCGUGCACAGCUCGUGAAUGCAAAUGGGAGAGAAGCACAGACGGAUUAGUCUAUGUGCCCUACGUGAUCUCCAACCAGUACUCUCCAGAUGAACUAAAAGUGAUUGAAAGAGGCUUGCGGUCAUUUGCGGAUGUUUCCUGCAUUCGAUUCGUACCACAUGAAGGGCAGAGGCACUUUCUCCACAUAAUGUCUGAUUCUGGUUGCUAUUCAUAUUUGGGGCGCCAAGGUGGAGGACAGGUUGUUUCUCUCGAGCGUCCUGGGUGUGUCUAUCACCAUACUGUUCAACACGAGCUCCUUCAUGCUCUCGGGUUCCAUCAUGAACAGAACCGCAGCGACCGCGACAAACACAUCAAAAUCCUUCUUGAGAAUGUCUUACGUGAAAAGCAGAGCAAUUUCAAGAAAAGUGAAACCAAUAAUCUGGCAACCCCCUAUGACUACAACUCUGUGAUGCACUAUUCAAGGAAAGCUUUCUCCAGGAACAACGAGCCAACCAUGAUUCCCAUUCCUGAUGGGAACGUUGUGAUUGGUGAAGCUCGAAGUAUGAGCCGCAAUGACAUCCUGCGGAUUAACAGACUCUACUGCAGUUGAAGUGCUGCCAGGCUGCAUGAAGGAUGUGUUUGAUGAUAGUAUUCAUCUUUUCAUCUUAGCAUUCAUCAUUCUCUAUCAUCCUUUUUUAAUGUUUCCUUUUUUGCACAUCACAGUUUCAUUAGAUUUUUCGCAUUCUAUCUUUUAAAAAUUCUAUCUUUUAAAAAUUUUUCAAUCAGACACCUCUUCGUACACAUUCAGUAUCAGAGGUUUGUGAGAAACCAACAAAAAGUGCAUAUAUUGUAUACUCAAAAUGCUUUUUAAAGGGGUUCUAUUAUCUUUUUUAACCUUUUCUACUUUAGGUUGCCAUUUUUGAAAAUACAAAAUGUUUCAAGUAUAAUAUUCUAUCAAAUUGUGUACCGUCAUAAAACAUGAGUACAUUUUUUAACAUCAAGUAUUAUAUAUGAUGAACAUUAAGGAUAACAUACAUAACAAAGAUUUAAAAAAAAGGAAAAACGGCAACAACAGAAUGAAGGGUAUACAUGUAGAGUCAACAUAAAAAGGAGGAAUUUAGUUCUCCAUAAAUGUCCAUAGUUCUGAUACCUUUACAGCUUGAAUGUCUUUGUAAGGUUUCAAAAUAAAUCUUGAAG